GGAGACUAGGAGAGUAUGGUUUUUGGUUCUCCAAAGUCCGAUGCCACUUUUACUUUUACCCUUUUCAUUGAAAAAUUUGUGGUAGCCUCUUCACACAACACUCAACAGCAGUACAGUCCAUCAGCUACAUAGGGAGAAAUUUUUUUUAAAAAAAAAAAAGAAAAAAAGGGAAAAAAAGAUUCCCUGAGCUAGCUCCGAGUGCAAAAGUCCGAUCGUCACCGAAUUAGGGUUUCUGAAUUACCUAGAGAGACGGAUACACAAGUGGCAAAUUUUCAUGCUCAGACCCAGUACGAAAAGUACCAGUGAGCUGUGAAAAUUUGGAGCUGGAUUGAGGCAGCACUUGGAAGAUGAUGAGCAGGCCCUCGGUGCACCCGGUGGACGCACCUUCAUUGACCAACGAUGCAGCUGCCGUGAUGCCUAGAGUGAGGAUGAAAGACUUUCAAGGCAUGGGUGGUACUCUUGGUGGCCUCCUCCUUCGCCUCUGCCAGUUCGGCUUCGCCGUCGUUUCUCUCUGCGUCAUGGCCACUACCUCCGAUUUCCCCUCCGUCACCGCCUUUAGCUACCUCGUUGCUGCUGUUAGCUUACAAAGUUUGUGGAGCCUGUUGCUGGCAAUUGCUGAUAUUUAUGCACUUUUAGUUAGAAGAAGUUUUCGGAAUCCUGGACUGGUCAGUUUUUUUACCAUUGGCGAUGCGAUUACUUCCACUCUUACAUUUGCUGCUGCCUGUGCAUCUGCUGGUAUUACGGUCCUUAUUGGCAAUGAUCUUGAUAAAUGCAGCAUGAAUCACUGCAAAAGAUUUAUGUCUGCUACAGCUAUGGCUUUUCUGAGCUGGUUUGCAGUAUCUCCGUCAUUUUUCUUGAACUUUUGGUCAUUGGCUUCCCAGUAGAGUCAGGUCUUAGAAAGUGCUUUGGAUUGCAGGAAGAGCUUGCAGGGCCCCGGGGAAAAAGAGGAGGGGGGCGGUAGGGGGAGGGGUCUGUUAGAUACAUAUUAUCAACAUUUAGCUCAUCUGCCUUGUUGCUUGAUCGAGGUUCUCAUUUGUUACUCCAACGAGUGAGAUUUUGUAGACCAUAAUGUUAUGUGCCGGUAAAUUUUUGUGAUAACGAAAUUAUGAAGUCUUAUUUUGUUUCUAA